AUGUCAGCCCUCAGAGAAAUUCGCCAUCUCAUGAAAAAUUUAGACAGUAUCAGUCAGGGUCAAGCCAAAUUGGUCAAAUUUGAACAUCCUAAAAGUACAAUAGACAUAUAUUUGGAACUGUCUCCAACAGAUGGAUUUUAUAAAGGAGGAACGUUUCUAUUUAUAAUUCAAAUACACCAUAACUUUUGGAUAGCAGACGCAGAAGCAAUAACUUGCAUGACACCAAUUUACCAUCCAAACAUUGACACUUCCAGCAUUAUAUAUGGUCAGAACAAUGUGUGUUUUAACUUAGCCGACGAAGGACGUGAACAACUGGGUUUAAUUGGUAUAGUGGCAGCUCUUUUGUACCUCUUAUAUAAUCCUGAUCUCGACGAUCCUUUGAAUGAGAGCUUUGGUACUCCUACGCUGGAGGAGUUUAAAACCAAGGUGAAGGCUUAUAUGAAUGGCGUGAAUUUGGAGGGGGUUAACACAGCGACAGUUCAGGAAAAUAUGGACGAAUAUAAAAAACAACAAAAAGAAGAGUACCACGAUCCCCAAUUAGACGAGGAAGUCAGGCGGCAAGAAGAAGCCAUGGACACGGAUGGUGAGAACAGUGAAUCGUUCAGACCAUUGGAGAACUCCGAAGCAAUGCAACUGUAUUCGCUCAUACAACAUCAAAAUAAUGUAUUCCAAUCAGACGAUGCAGGUGCAUCCGACUGUCCUAGCGUUCCAGAAUUUCCGGGAAGAAUUUAA